UGGAAAAUGCGAAGACCGCAAGUAGACGCAACGUGAGAGAAUCCCAACCCGCCUAGCUUAUGUAAAGUAAGGCCACAUUGGCAAGGGAAGGAGGUGAGGUUCUUUUUGUUCUUCGUUCGGUUUUGCUGUUGGACAGAGACAGAGGGAGGGCAAGCAAAGCAAUUUAGAGAGAAGAACAAAUACAAACCCCGGUCCUUUUGCAAACUUUGUACUGAGUAGUGACAAAGAAUGGGAGGUGAAAGGAAGAGGAUAUUGGUGGGUCUUAUGGUGGCAAUGAUUUUGGGAAUUGCAGUAUACUUCAGGCUUUGGACAAUUGACUAUGCUAUCUCCUCUGAUGACACUGAGUUGAUAAGAAGACAGUUUGAUCUUGCCAAUAGGGAAGCAUUGGAUGAAUCUGCAGAGUGGAGGAUGAAAUAUGAUGAAGAGGUAGAGAGAUCUGCCAAGUGUGAUAAGCAAUUGAUAGAGAUAAAGCAGAAAGUGGAGGAUGCUGCAAGUAUUAACCAACAAUUGGUAAUGCUACAGAAGGAAAACAUGGCCCUGGUUGGAAGGAUGGAAGUCUUAAAAAGAGAGCUGGAGGCUACAAAGUUAAAGUGUCGCUCAAAAAUAGACAGUUUCUGACGAGUCCAACAAAGGGAAAAGGAUAUUUUGAAUGUGUUUCAGUGUUUCUACCCAUAACCAUGUACAUUGCAUACAAGAUAUUCGCUUUGUAGUUGAGAGAAUGUUGGAGGAAUUGUGCUAGUCAGAAUAUAUAUUUCAUGUUUUUCUCCUCGCCCAUUUUAUAGACUUCACGAAGGGAAACAGGGAUUUAUUACCUUUUGCUGCUCCAUUCUCAAUAAUGUAAAUUUACUCGUGGAAGAAAUCCACCUCUGUAGAUUUCUUGAGUCCAGAGGGAGCUUUUUUUUCCUAGGAAGAAUUGGUCUUGCAUGUUACAAGUGCUUCAUAUUGGAAUAUUCUUGUUCUCCUUGUGUUCAA